AUGUUAGCGGGUGUAUUCAAACGGCAUGACGAGGAUAAUACGAUGUCUAUAGAACAAGAUGACGAUGGUAGAGGUGGUGUUCCAUUUGUCUCGGCAUCAGCAGACAUUUUCUUGAACCAUUUGCCUUUGUCAGUCGAAGAAUAUACGAGCACAAUGAGUCUGCCCGAAUCACUUGAACUGAUAAAUACGACCGAUUUACAAACAAUUUUGCACAUUCAACAUACUCGAUUUAUGUGUGGCAGUGUAGCACUGGGAAUCCAUUUUAAUCAUUGUGCCGGCGAUGCCCAUUCGUAUUUCCAACUAGUGCGAGACUGGGCACAAUUAUACAAAAAUUCUCAGUAUCAUCCGGUUGUCUGUCAUCAACGAUCUCUCCUAGAACCAACUCUAGCUGAAACGGCAGCCAGAAAAAACUCUCAUCCCAAUUUUAACAACCAAAAGACUCAUUAUAUUAGACAGGAGACCCUGCCGUCAGUGUCAACAGUUGACGCAGUACGAUCAGUCGUCAAAAUAUUUCGAUUUUCGUGUGAUGAGCUCAACCGAAUGAAGUUGGAUGCCACGAGCCAGUUGCCGUUUGAUGUUGCGUAUGUGUCGACAUUCGAUGCUCUCACCGCUCACCUCUAUCGCCAUAUCGCUAUCGCCCGGCGUUCAUCCUCAUCAAUGGCGAAACUUUACAUUUCUACGGAUAUUCGUCCACGUCUAAGACAGCCGUUGGUACCCUCGACUUAUUUUGGAAAUGCAAUCGUAUUCUCAUAUUUAGAAAUGGAAACGACGCAAUUAAUCAGUGAAAACCGUCUCGGUCCAUUAAGUAGUCAAGUUCACCAGGCCAUUGUCUCCAACACAAGUGACGAAAUACGAACAACGCUUGCAUGGAUCACAUCACAACCAGAUAAAUCAAAGAUAGCGGCGACCUUCGAUCUGGAUAAGGCGGAUUUCAUAAUUACAGCCUGGAAUAAAAUGAACAUGUAUUCAGACUCAGACUUUGAACCCGGUGUUCAUCCAUGUCGUAUCGCGUUGCCCUGUACGACUUCAUUCAAGAGUGCGGCCAUUUUUUUUUCGACAGAGAAGAACGACACUAGCAUUGAUGUUGUUCUAGGGUUAGCCAUAGAAGAUAUGGAACGACUAGAGAGCAAUUCUGAGUUCAGGAAAUAUCAAUAA